ACUUAGAACAGAUAUUUUAACACCAAUACAAUUUGCAGUUUUUUUACGCACUUAAAAUUUAACUACACACAAUUAUUAAAUAUUCAAGUGGAAGGCUAAACUAAAGCUAAACCAGCGCUUAAGUGUAACGACGAAGUGAAGAGCAGAGUCGAAUGCAACUAGCAUCCGUUUACAGUGUUUGUGUUGUUUUCACACAUUUUCGCUGGGCAGCUGUGACCUAGCUGUAAAUUGCACUUAAGGAAAGCAACAACAAGAAAACACAAUUUUCGAGAUUUCUUUCAAACAGCAGCAAACGGGUCGAAAAUUAUUUAGCGAAAAAUGUCAUCGUCAACGGCGUCCGGGUCCGGCGCCCGCAAGCAACCCACGGCCGUAUCGCGCAUGAAACAGGACUAUAUGCGUCUGAAGCGUGAUCCGUUGCCGUACAUAACCGCCGAGCCGCUGCCGAAUAACAUUCUGGAAUGGCACUAUUGUGUCAAAGGUCCUGAAGAUUCACCAUAUUAUGGCGGCUAUUAUCACGGCACAUUGUUGUUUCCCCGCGAAUUCCCCUUCAAACCACCAUCGAUAUACAUGUUGACCCCCAACGGACGCUUCAAAAUAAACACUAGACUGUGUUUGAGCAUUUCAGAUUUUCACCCAGAUACGUGGAAUCCAACAUGGUGCGUGGGUACGAUACUAACUGGACUGCUCAGUUUUAUGCUGGAGAGUACACCCACACUGGGCUCCAUUGAGUCUUCAAAUUACGACAAGCAAAUGCUUGCCCAGAAAUCGCUAGCAUUUAACCUACGAAAUACGAACUUCUGUGAGCUCUUUCCAGACAUUGUUAGUGAAAUCAAGCAGCGUUUACAGGGCAGCAAGGCUGAUUUGGCAGCUUCCAAGUCGAGUUCUGGUUCUGCCAAGAGUGCUAAUGGCCUGGCUAAUGGCAGCGUUGUUGCCACAGAUAGCCAUAGUAAAAAUGCCAGCAGUGCCAAUGAGCAAACGGCAAUGCCAGCGGAUCCCUGUGCCACCGACGGAUUGGUGGUUGGAGCUGCUGCCGCCGGUGUUGAUCUGGGCAGUGGUGGUCCCGCUGCUCUAAAAAACUGCGCAAGAAAUUCCUAUUUAAAUUGGCAGUCGAUCUAUUCGAACCUGGUGAUUGUAAUCUGUUUUGCAAUAUUUGCACUCAUUGUUAAUUACGUGAUCAAGAACCUGAAUCAGGAAUAGAAUUUAAUUGUAAGCAAUCAGUACUACAUAGCCUCUAUAUUUAUAUAUGAAUAUGAAAUAUGUAUAUGCGUAUGUAUAUUUAAAAAACAAAUAGUUUAUUUAAACUUAGUCUUUCCGCUCUGCUCGCAGUUGUCAUUCGUACUCCUCCAUAUAUAAGCAUAUGGGAGUAAAUCCUUCCCGUCAUCUACUUAGAAGAAAGAGCUCAAAACAUUGUGCACAGCUUGAAAAGUAUUUGCCGACACUGCUUAGCCUGAAUCCGAACGUUGUUCCCGACCUCGAUUGAAGUUAGUCUGAAAAUAUUGGCAAUAACGGAAACAAAUUUUUUAAAUUUCAACUUACUCGAUAAAUAAAUUGUUUUGUUAUG